CCAUGUUGAUGACGUAAGACGCCUAUCCGAGCGAUCUUGGCUCCAAAAGAUUGAAAUGCUUCUGCCUCAUUUCGAGGGGGUUUUCAGUCGGACGGAAGACGCUAGCAUGGCCAGAGGCAGCAGCCACGGCAUCGCAUUUAAUGGCAUUCCGACGAUCCCAUCGCAAGUCGCGCCACGGCUGCUUGCAAUGCAAGCGAAGGCGAGUGAAGUGUGAUGAACAACGUCCCUCGUGCUCCAACUGCUCCAAACGCAUGUCAAGCUGCGAGUACGAUUCUAACACGUCACUGCUAUGGACCAACGAGGAGUCCCAACCUCGUCAACGGACCAAAAAGUCCAACUCCCUGCAGUCGGAGCCCACGACGGCCACGACGGCCACGACGAUCAACUCGUUCAGCUUCCUGGGGAGAUGGGGCGAUGAAUUCGCCGCCCCACAGGCAGUCCCCAGCCUGAACAUCACCGACCUGGAGCUGAUGAUGCACUGGUGCAACUCCACCUACAAAAAUGUCUCCCGCGGCGAGAAUACAGACCACAUCUGGCGCGCUCGUGCUCCCGAGGAAGCCCUCGCCCAUCCGUUCCUGAUGCAUGGCUUAUUGGCGCUUUCCGCCCUCCAUAUCGCGCGAACACGCCCGGAUGUCCGGCAGCGUCCAACCUACCUCAGUACCGCGGUGGCGCAUCAAACUCAAGCCCUCGCUCUAUUCCGCGAGUUAUUGAGCGAUAUCAACGCAUCCAAUUCCAAGGCCAUGUUCGCCUUUGCCAGCGUCGUUGUUUAUUACACUUUCGGCCUGCCUCAUUCACCCGAGUCCAGUGAUCCGUGGACGAUUGUGGAUGAUUUGGUUCAAAUAUUUACACUGGCACGGGGUGUCCAACAGGUUCUGUCGGAAGCAGUCCCAGUUAUCAAAAGCAGUGAAUGGGGGGUUGUCUUGCAGGUGGGGGAACUCGAUGAAAGUCACCUGGAUGACGCACAAUCCGCUUUAGGACGACUACAUGAGGCAAACAAUGCCUGCGGUGCUCAAGAUCCUGCCCACGACACAGCCGUUUACCAGCAUGCGAUCGAGCUGCUGGCCGAUAUGUUUGCUGUGGCGCGUGGUGGUCUGGCCUCGGCCUCGGCUGCCUGUCGAUGGGCGAUCCGACAGAAGCCCGGGUUUAUGGAUUUCCUGCGAGAACGCAAACCGAUGGCCUUGGUUGUUUUGGCAUACCACUGCAUCAUCUUCCAUCACUCGAGGGAUGUAUGGUACAUCGAGGAUCGGGGCAGAAGAGUCGCGAGGGCAUUAUGGGAGGUUUUGGAUGAUGAGUGGAGGCCGCUGCUGGAGCGGCCUAUGCUGGAGAUUUUCGGAGCAACCCAUCCGGUUGAUACUGACUGAACCAGUUGGUUUAAUAAUAAAGACAUGGACUCAUUACACUA